AUGGCAGUUGUUGAUAAAGAGGGAGCAAGGUCCGCACAAGAACUAAGAGAGAACUCCAAACGAAAGAAGCAAAGUGAUUUAGAAUCGGAUAGUGUAGCGUCUUGCAUUUCUGCUGCUGAAGAUUCAACAGCUCAAUCCCACACUAAGAAAAGAAAAUUUAUGGAAAACGUAACACAGCAGAGUUCUCCACAACCUCCUCUCCAAAUUACAACUACUGCUUACCCAACAUUUAAUGAAGGGGAAUGGAUUGAAAAAUUUAAAAAAGCGAUUCGCAAUGAUAAAAAAUCACGUGACGACACAAUGCAACACUCGAACAGUGUGUUACUUGGUCUAUUAAACCUUACUAAUGAAAUGGAGCGAACAAAGAAAGAAAUAGAGCAACAAAAGAACGAAUUAGAGCAAAAAAAAAAUGUAUUAGAGCAACAAAAGAACAAAUUAGAGGAAAACACGAAGGCACUUGAUGACUAUUUGUGUGAUUGA